ACUCUCCGCACUCUCCGCACUCUCCGCACUCUCCGCAUCAUCGGGCGCGCGCGCGCGCGGAACCCUGGAGCCUGCUUAUGGCUGUCCCCCGCCGAACACCAUGAGCAAACUCCGGGAUUCCCGCAGAAACUCCGCUGGUUUCUGUGGGCCGUUUCCCCCUGUCUUCCGCGUCCUCCUCGCGCUCGUCCUCUCCGCCGCUGUUCUUCCGCGCGCUUGCGCCGAUCCGCCCACGUCAUGCUCCGCCAGUCAUUCCUCCCCCCGUUCACCCACGGCGGUGAGCUGUUCCGCCGCUGCUGGCGCUGGCGGCGUCCCCCGCUAUGAUGCGCCAGUUGGGGAAGCGCCAGUGGGGGGGGAAGCGGGGAUUGGCGGAACGGAAGGGGUUUCAGGGGAGCGGUGGGAGAGCAGUGGAGGAGGGAGUGGGGGGAGUAUGGAGGAAGGAUUUGACUGGCUGCUGGAUGAUGCUGACGUGGAUGUUGAGGACGCAAAUGAUGACUAUAUCGAAGAGGGGGCGGUGGAGGAGGGUGAUAGUAACGAGGACGGCGGACAGGAUGAGUAUCCAAGUGCAGAACUCUUGAAAGAGUCCGGAUUCAUGGAGUAUCUUGAUUGGCUGCGAGAGCACGGAGUCCAGGGUGACGUGGCAGCUCCUGGCAGCCCAGUUCGUCUUAAGAUUCUGAGGCUAGAAAUGGCCCGGCAAGAGGAGGACGAGGAAGAGGAAGAAAACGAGGGGGGCGAGGAGGAGGAGGAUGGCAAGGCACCAGAGUACAGGUACCACCCAUCGCUGCAAUCAGCCCGCACCAUUUCAAAAGGCCAGCGCCUAUUCUCCAUUCCCCUUCACCUCGCCUUCUCCUCCUCCGCCUGCUCCUCUCCCUCUGGCCUUUCACCUGACCUUUCACCUGAAGGGCGUCUGGCGGCCUGUCUGCUGCUGCAAGCCGCUGGCCGAAGGGAAGAAGGGGCGGCAGGGGGCCUGUCUUGGGCGGCACUGGCGGGAGUGCUCUUGCUGCCCGUGAGUCUGCCGAGGCCGCUGCCGCUGAUGCUGGAUGACGACCUGCGAAUGGAGCUCAGCUACAAGCCGUUGAUCGACAGGCUAGACAAGCAGCUGAAGCGCUAUGAAGACGAGUACGACGCAUGGAUCAACGCCACUGCGAGCGAUUCUUCUGCACAGAACACGGACCUGUCUUUUGACAGCUUCCUUCAAGCUGUCGCUGCUGCUCUCUCCUUGCCCUUUCCCCUUCCUCUGGCCGCUCCUCUCCCACACUCACCAUCGCUGGCAGCACCUGCACCUGGCGCAUCAGUAUCGGAAGGAUCAGCUACCACUCUGGCGAUAGUGCCCUUGCUGCAUAUCAUGGGCCAACCUGCACCCGUGCAGUCAACCCUGGCAGCAGCACCAGCACCAGCAGCAGCAGCAGUGCGAACAGCAGCAGCCACGAGUGCAGCUGUGGGAGGUGGAUGCAACGUGCAGUGGGAGGUCUCUGGAGACUCAAUCGGCGUUUAUGCGAGUGAGGACAUCCCCCCACACUCCCCUCUCAUCCUCGCACCAACGCCCACUGUCCCUCCUGCACACGCUGACAGCAGCACUGUUCACGCUGACAGCAGCACUGUUCACGCUGACAGCAGCACUGUUCACGCUGACACAGCUGACACUACAGGCACAGAUACCACCCCUUCAACUAAAACACACUCAGACAUCAGCACAGGCCUCCUCCCUCCAUCUCCACCCCCCCUUCUCUCUAACGAUGAUGUUUACCUAAGCACCGGUGCCGUCCCUCAAGACACUGCCCUGGACCGGGUACUCCUCUUCUCGUCUCUCUCCCACGCCCUCCGCUCCUUCUCCCUUGCGUUUCCCGCCACUGGCCUGCCCGCCAAACUGCCCGAGAAAGAAUUUCGGGAGCGGGCAGCUGUGAUGGAGGAUCGCGUCAUUCGGGCAGUUUUGGAGGUGAAAAGGGACGUUCUGAGCGCUGCCCGAGGGGACCCAGGGAAGGGGAGGGGCAUGUGGGCUGGGAUGGAGCAGAUGGGGUUCUGGGAGAUGCGGCGGCAGAAGCAGCAGGAAGAGUGGAGGAAGGCGAAGGAGAGAGGGGAGCACAUGGUGGUGGAGAUAAAGCAACAUCCCCAGGCGGAAGGGGGGAAUGAGGAGCACGAAGGAAUAGGAGCGUCUGUGCCCAGAGGAUCAAAGGCGUUUGCUCCAGUGCAGAUGGAUCCCGAGGGGCUCUUUGCGUAUCCGGAGGGGAGGAUCGACCCCGAGCUCCUCGCUUACCUCUCUGCGCUCGCCUUCUUGCGAUCCACUGGCACAGACCCCGACCCGGCCCUCCUCGCCCGGGCCAGUGUGGCGGUGGCGUGGAACCUGGACAGCAGCACCACAUGCACGCACAUGCCUCUGCUCUCCCACCCCUCCCACCCUCUCCACCUCCCCCUCUCCUGCUCCUCCUUCUCCUCCUCCUCCUCCUCCUCCUCCUCCUCCUCCUCCUCCUCCUCCUCCUCCUCCUCCUCCUCCUCCUCCUCCUCCUCCUCCUCCUCCUCCUCCUCAACCUAUGACAUACCACCAUCUGUCGCCGACCUGGUACCGGCUCUGCGGGCGGCUACCAGCAUGCUGAGGCGGCUUGUCGAGAAGCUUCUGGGCGGCUUCUCCUCGUCCGUUAGCGAGGAUGAGUUCAUGCUGACGUCAGCAGCCAUCUGCAGGCGAUACCGCGAAGCUGGGCGGCUGGAAGAGGCCCCAUCUGGGUUGUGCCUGCCGUGGUUCAUGGGCGCGCUGGACGAGGUGCAGCAGGUGCUGCAGGUGCGCGCCAACAAGAAGCGAGUGCUUAUCGACACCUCUGAUUGGCUGCUGCUCGCCUGCGACCCCCAGUACGACCUGCGCCUGGGGGCAGGUGGCAAGGAGGAAGGGGAGGAGGAGGCAAGGGGUGGCGACGAGGAGAAGCUCGGGGGGUUUCUGGAGUGGGUGCGUGCGCGAGGAAUCCCCGACUUUGGCAAGCCACGAUCCACCUUUGAGGUGCAUUUCCGCCAGGAGCCCAACAGCUCGCAUUAUCGUUCGCUCAAAGCACAAGGAGAUUUUGCGACCCAACUGUUGGAGGCUAAGGCACAGUCCAGGAAGCAGCUCACGGUAGUAGCAGGCCAGUCUAAGAAGAAGGGUCAGCUCCUUCUCUCCAUCCCUCGAGCUCUUUGGGUGUCAACCGACACCAUGGCAGAGGAAGCAGCGCCCUACGCCAACCCUGUGUGGACCCUCGCCGCCGGAGCUGCGUGGCUGCUUCGGGAGAAGGCUCGGGGGCGAGGCUCGGAGUGGUGGCCGUACCUGCAGAUCCUGCCUGCUUAUGUUCCUCUGCCAUACUUCUUUGAUAACGCCACGCUGGCUGAGCUACAGUCACCCUCAUUUGUGGAACGAGUGCGCGCAAGAGAAGAGUCCCCCCCGAAUAAAAAAUCAAUUGUUUCUUUUAAACAUUUCCUAUUUUCGCAGUCCCGUUUUCCUAAGUUCAACAACCACCUCUCAUACACAUCUAUUCCUUUGAUCUCCACCCUCCCUCCCCACACACCCCCCCAGGUGCGCAUGGUUCGCCAGUACUACGAACAACAGUACAGACUAUGCCGCCCCCCAGCCAUCGCCUUUGCCUCGCUCCACGACUUCCUCUGGGCUCUUGCCAUCAUGAACUCCCGAGCCUUCUCCACGCCCGCACCUAACCCCCGAACCUCCGCCGAGCCUGAUGCUGACAGGCAUGGUGACGAUGGUGCCGCGUCAAGAUUUUCCCAGGAGCAAGAGGGGGGGCAAGAGGGGGGCAGAGGAGGGGAGCAAGGGAGGGGAAGGGGGGGCAUGUUGGAGCAGCUGCUGGCCCUGCCUCCGUCUGAACGGCGGCGGUUUGUUGGCGAGCCCAUGGCACUGGUGCCCAUUGCCGAGCUGAUCGACCACAACCACCCACACAACGCACAGUAUAAGGUUCAUCAGAGCAGCUUUGACUUCUAUGCUAGGGAAGAUGUUCCAAAGGGCGCAGAGCUGUUCACAGUGUACGGGUACAAGCCCAACCACCACCUGCUGCUGGGCUAUGGCUUUGUUCUCGACGACAAUCCCUAUGACCACGUCCGGCUCUUCCCGAACCUCUCCCGAGCCAUCCGAACCGUAGCCUCGGUGGUGUGCCGCCAGCAGCAGGAACGGGGUGCGGGGAGAAGCAUGAGGGGGGGAAGCAGUGGAGAGGUUCGUCAAGGGGAGGUGGAUCUGAGGGAGGGGUUACUCCGUGUGUGGGGCGAGGACUCUCUGCUAUUCUCCCAAGUAAAUGAUGAUCAGGCUGCGGGGAAGGGUAGGGAAGGAUACAAAGGGGUUGAUAGGCAUAUGGUACGGUGGCAGGGAGGGACGGAAGGGUUGGAGCGUGCUAUGUGGCGGGCAGCAGCAGCGGCGGUGGGUGAGGUGGUGAAGGCAAGGGAAGCAGGGGGGGCGUAUGCUGAGGGGAAUGGGCUUCCUCAGCUGCAGCUGCGCCAGCGGAUAGAGCGGAGGGAGGGGGGCAGGGAGAUGAAGAGUACAAGAGAUGAGAGGGGGGUUGAGGGGGAUCUGAAUGAGGGUGUCGGGGCGAGAAAGGAUCGGUGCUACAGUGGCAAAAGCAGGGAGAUUGUAAAGGAGGUGCUUGUAAAGGAGGAGGACGAGGGAGUGGGGGUGUCGGUGUGGGCAGGGGGGAUUGUGGAGCCGAAUCUCCUCGCUGCCCUCGCUGCCAGCUGGCAAUCCAUCCACGUGUCAGCAUCCUUUCCUGACCCGGACUACUCCUCCCUUGCCAGCGCUGCCAUCCAUUAUGGGUGGGCUCUCUCCAACACCUUCUGCCACCACCUGCUGCCAAUCGGCUCCUCCCUCAUACCAGCCUUGCGAGCCGCAGCCGAGACCGUCCGCCUUCUUGUAGAGGCACGAUUGAAGCAAUUUCCGACAACCAUGGAAGAGGAUGAGGCUGUGCUCCAAGAUCUUCGAUCUUGUGAAGCUAUGGGGCGACAAGGGGGGAGGUUGGAUGCUUGGUGCGAGUCAUUGUUGCCAAUGGUGGAGGAGCGAAUCACGGCCGUUCGGUUUAGGAUGCACAAGAAGAAGGUUCUCAGGGACUUGGCGGCACGGUUGUUGCAAACUUGCACUUGGGAAUCUUCAGUGCUGGAUGUGGGGACGAUGUAAAAUGUAGGGAUGCACAAUGACAUGAUAGUUGCUUGUGUACAUGCCGUUGUAUGAAUUUUAUCAUUAUAGGGCAAACAAGUCUUCAUA